AUGCCGGUUUGGACUGCGAUGCAUGAGGCCGAUGAUGAGUACGACCUUGAACCCGAUGACCUCCCUGAAUAUGACCUGCGGGAUGAGUUUGAUGAGAUGUCAAGAUCCUUCUCUCCGGCCCACUUCGCCGAGGAUCCACCCGAGCCCUUCGUGCAUGACUUUGCCACGACCCAGGACGAGCCCAAUGCAGAGAGGUGUACCUGGCGAUGUCUGGCAUGCGACUCAGACAACCACUACCAGUUGUCAGCCUACCGCUGGCUAUGUGACGAGUGUGGCGGUCAGGAGUUCUAUGAGACGACCAGGCCCACCAAGAAGCUCACUCAGGAUGGAACUUGGCUGUUCUUGCCUCAUGCUUCAAAGCGUGAUGAUCGCUCCUCACAUUCCUCAAAACGCCGAAGGAGAAGAGCCAAAAAGAACGACCCACCUGCAGAUGAAGGCUUCGAAGGUCGUGAAUGGCCGGAGUCUGAACAAAGGACGGAUGACCCCUGCGUUGAGCCAGAGUCACCUCAUCAUGUUCCACGAAGUGAACCUCCUCCUCACCAUCGACGUUCUGCCGUUCCUCAACGCCCACCUCAGACAGAACCAUCUGUCAAGGUUUCCCAGACUCGGGAAGAUGAGUUGUUGAGUGCCCUCAAGAAGCUCAUUUCCAAGAAAGACGCUGAUGACAGCGCCGACUGGAACUCGCUCAAAGGCCCAAAACAAGGGACCAAAUGGCGUGGAGGAACAGCUCCAGCACCUCCAUCUUGGCAGUACGACAAAGACGACCUUCGUGCUUAUGACAAGUUCCGCAAGAAGGUCGACCUUUGGAUGCUUCGUGUUGCUCCAUUCCAAUCCAAGAAGGAGUCAGCCCUGAGGCAAUACCUUCAUCAAUUCGAGAUGAUGCGUCGCUACCCUGGUGAAUCAAUGUGGCAAUAUGCCAACCGUUUCAGAAGAAGCCAGCGCGCUUUGGCCUCAGUGGGCGUGAACAUCACGGCCACUUAUGAUGAUGAAGCCUUGGGCACAAGGUUGCUAGACCGUGCCGGUCAGUCUCAUCAGGACCAACGCAUGAUUCUGGCUUCUACCAUGCAGUCACUCGACUUCUCCAAGAUUGUUGAGGCGCUGACCUUGCAGUGGCCAGAAUUUAGGUCUACGACCUACUCAUCCGGAAAACCCGGAUCCUUUGUGAAGCGCACAUAUGUGGCCGAGCAUGAUGACAUGCCAGAGGAAGAAUCACUUCCGGUGGUCGACGAGGAAGAUGACACCCCUCAAGACGACCAACCAGAUGAACCUCCUUUGUAUGACCCUGAGGAGGACGACCCUGACCAACAAGAAGACCUUCCCAACUUGGCUGAAGUGGCUGAAGUUCUCACUUUGACCGCCAAAAAGUUAAGCGGUCUCACGCUUGGCCGGAAAUUCACCUCCAAUCCCAAGAGGAUGCCGAAGAAUGCCAAGAAGGACACGCAUUGCUCGGCCUGUGGAGCCAAAGGGCGCUGGUAUCAAGACCCAGAAUGCCCGAUGAACAAGUCCGGAUCCAAGCCUUUUGAGAAAAGACCACCUUCUUCAGCAUUGGCGGCCACAGCCUCCUAUUGGGAGGACACGAUCAAGUACUUCAUGCUCACACUCCAGAUGCAUCACCUGCCAAGAGAUGCCUUGCAGCUGUUUCCACCCGACGUGAAGGUCAAGACGAAGCCACAGAUCUGCAAGCACAACCAGUGCCGUCGACACGGCAAUGCCCACGGGAGAUUCGCCAAAUGCCUGGACUGCGAGACCCAGUGGCGAUGGAGCGACAGCCUCGAGGCAUGGGAACUACAUCUUCCUGGACAAAAGGCAUCCUCAUCUCGCUUGCGACCCUUGCCGCCGCCGUCUUUGGCAACCAUAGCUACUCCGGACAGUCGAAUCCAAGGACCAAUGAGCAAGCCGAGGCCUUCGCAGUCCCAUGGCUACCCGACUUUCAAGGCCAAGGCCAAAGCGAAGAGUCGUUCCUCCUACGCCACGGAGACACCUCAUUGGACCAACUUCGAGACCAUGAACCUCCACACCGAUCACCUGACGGAAGCGCAACAGCUGGAGUUGUUCAACAUCCUCCAACAGGAAAGUCCUCUUCUACAAGAAGCAACUUCAUGGGAGAUGCACGCCUACCUGAACGAGGAGAGCUACCGCCAGGAUCGAGAAGAGUGGGAACGUCAAGAAGACCAGAAGAGAUGGGAUCGUCUCUACGAGAUGGAAGUCCUGAUCAACCCGGACAACGAGGUCUACGAGAAAGCAGCACAAGUCCUCGAGGCGGAGUAUGACAUCUACCACUCCACCUCAUCGGCUUCUACAAGACUACAUCCUUGCGUUGACCUAUGGGAACUGUUUGCAGGAGAAGCCACAUGUUCUUUGCUCGCUCACGAAUACGGACUUGAUGCGCUUCAACCUUGGGACCUCCUACAUGGCCAAGAUCUUCGACGUCCUUCCACUCGUCAAGAAGCCAUGAAAGUGCUGCGGCGGUUUCGACCUUUGCUCACUUUGAUGGGCAUCGACUGCAAGCACUACAACCGCUUCAAUAGAAACCUCAACUGUGCCCACCGACUGGAUCAAUGGUAUGACCUUCAGGCCAACGACAAGCCUUUGUUGGACAUUGUCACCAAGAUUGCCACAGAGCAGCACCAGUCUGGUCGAUACUUCUUGAUAGAGAACCCCCAGAACUCCGAACUAUGGGAUACACCUCAGAUGCAGCGGCUUGCAGCUCUUCCAGGAGUGUGGACAGUUGUCAUCCAUGCCGGCAGCUUCGGAGCACAAAUCGACGGACAUCUGAUUCGCAAGGCCUUCAAGUUCAUGGGAAACUGCGCACCACUUCAUGAAGACCUUCGACACCGUCGACUAUCUCCACUACAAGUCCAAGAGCGCACUCCGAUUCAAGGCUCAUUGAACAAGAAGUCUCAAGCCUAUCCAGAGGAGCUUUGCCGUCUGUUUUUGGAACACCUUCAAAGAGAAGCACAUUUCCGACUACCACAACGUUUUUGUCGACCUCACCAUGUCUUGGCUGCACAAGUCCCGUCGACAGAUUUGUCACAGUGGGACCCAAUUGUUGAGGACAUCGACAAGAAGUACCUCCACACCGCAAAGAGACCAUACUACGUGUCUCUUGGCUCGCCGAUGGCCAACCUCAUCCAAGACCUUCUUCGCAUUGAUGCUUGCAAGAUUCAAGUGGUCGCCAACCCUACCGUCCGAAGAUUCCUUUCCUUGGACGAGCCCUUUGACACGCGGGCUUGCUUUCUCCUCUACUCCGACAACAGCAAAUCAGUUGAAGUGGAAGACCUCGGGGACAUUCAGUUCCCAAGACAGCGUUUCAGCCGGCCUGUGCGACUGGGAAUCUUUGUUUUCGGCACCCAGAGGAAGAUUGUCCAACCUCCUCCAGAGCCAUCCAGGACGCCCAAUGUUGUGCCAGGUUUGGAGACGGACAUCACCUUCCCCAACUUGAAACCCUCGGUGUCGGCAGAGAUCCGAUCCAUGGUAGCACGAAUGCAUUGCAAUCUUGGCCAUCCCAGUCGACCUGAGCUAGUACGACUUCUGGCCUACGAGAACGUGCCAGAUGAUGUGCUCGACGCAGCUCGACGUCUGAACUGUGCUACUUGUUCUCGCUUGCAGCCUCCACAGAAACCAAGGCCGUCCACUAUGCCCAAGUCCUUCGUGGGUCAGUUUGCAGAUGAGAUUCAGUUGGACAUCUUUUUCUGUCGAACCCUCAAGGGGACAACCUUCAUGGUUUUAGGAGCAGUGGAUAGAGCUACAGGCCUACAUCAGGCCAUCAUCACACCGGACCGCAAUGCUGACACUGUUUUUGACCAGUUUGAGAAGAUGUGGCUUCGCCCCUAUGGCAUUCCCUUGAAAGUGAUGGCGGACCCAGACACCUCCUUCAGAGGUUCCUUCCAGCAGCGAUUGGAAGCUUUGGGAUGCCAAGUGGAUCACUGUCCACCUGAGGCCCACCACAUCAUCGGCAUGGUCGAACGAAGGAACUCCCUGCUUCGCACCAUUUUGGAGAAGCUGAUAGACCAAUUUGCAGCCACGACCAUUGAGGAAUGUUCCACCUUGCUCAUGGCAUCUUGCCAUGCGAUCAACAGCACUAUCCACACCCAUGGAAGGAGUGCCUACCAGGCAGUGUUUGGAAGACAGCCUCGCCUUCCCGACAGCAACUUCAGUGACCCGACGGUCCUUGCCAGUUCUUCCCAAGUGGCACACCUUCCAUAUGGAGCCGAUGCCCCAGCCAAUCCAGAGAUCGUCCGAUCCGAAGCCAUCAAGACAUUGCGCAACCUGGACGUCUCCAAGCAUCUUGGACGUGCUCUUCUUAGAAAGACCCGUCACACCAAGGUGGCAGACGUUCAGCCGGGUCAGAGAUGUGCAUAUUGGCGCUGGACCAAAAAGGGUCAGAAGAAGAGAGGAUCCUGGGUGAUUGGACGAUUCUUAAGUUGGGGCCCUGCUCAUGUUGGCAAGCAAGCAUGGGUCAAGACUGCUACUUCCACGACCUUGGUCACUGCUGAACAGAUGAGAUGCGCGUUUGGCUUCGAGGAUUGGACACCGUCCAAAGAGGAUAUUCAAGUCCUUAAGGACGCCAGCACCGACUUUGGCAAAUAUCUCAUGGACGACAGAGGUCCAGAGCCACCGCAAGAGGAACCACAUCCAUCCGAGAUUCUGGAGGAAGAUCUUCAGGCAUUGCCGCCACCAACUCCCUCCAUGAUGGUUCCAGCAACACCGCAAGCAGCGGCAGCCACAAACACAUCAGCAGCGCCCGCUACACCAGUGUUGCCACAUAUCUCACAGCAGCAGCAGAACAUACAUGUCAACGAGGACGGCCCCACACACGUCCACCACCAUAACAUCCAGCAGGAGUUUCACCGCUAUGGAGACCUGCCACGAGCACCACGAACACCACACUCGCGGACAACUAGGUCCCGCACACCGGUCUCCAAACGGACAUCCGGAACACUUUUACACGCUGAACCACCAGCAUUGGCUGAACAACCAGCCCAGCAGGAACAACCUGUUCCAGAAGUUUUUCCACAAGCAGCGCAAGCAGUUUCACCACCUGUACAGGCAGAGACCAUUUUGGACUCACCACUUGCUCUACAAGCUACCGGCCAGGAGGAACAACACACCAACGAGCAACCAUCACACUCGACAGAGCAAUCACCUCCUGAACCCAUAGCACAAGCAGAGCAGACGCCAGCAAUCGCAGCGUCUUCGGCAUCACCUCAUGCAUCGCAAUCACCUGCAGAGGUACAACCUGAUUCACCACAAGAGCCAUCAACAGCAGAGCAUCACAAUGCAGCAAUGGUACCACAACCACUGCUACCACAGAAGAGAGCUUUGCACGAAACACUCAACGUACUGGCAGCACUUGACGACAGACAGUACUACCGCAUACACAGCUAUACAGACGGCUCACCACCACUCGCAUACGGACACCCUCACAAAGGCUUUCACUACGCCUACCUGCAAACAAAGCAGCGACAGCAAGACACCAAGCACUUGGACAAACCAGCACACGAGUCAGACACAUCCCAAGACUCGGAUACAGACAAGCUCAAAGCCAUAGAUCGUGAGAUCCCAUGGCGCAAGAUCUUUGAAAUGCCAGCAGCAUAUAUAGACAAGUUUCUUGCUGCCAUAAACAAGGAAGCAUUCUUGGCUGAGUAUGUCCUCACCCACCUUCGCCACCGAGUGCUUCGCACAAGAGCUUGCUACCGAGACAAGUCAUGUGGCCAAGGUGAAGUCAGAGCUAAGUGCCGCAUCGUGGCCCUUGGUCAUCUAGACCCAGAUUUGAAGCAGCUGUCGAGAAAUUCAGGAACUCCAGGACGUGUUGCCGAGCAGAUCCUCUAUUUGUUUUUGGACGGCCUGAUAGCACUCACCAAUACCUGGACAGCUAAGGCUUACCGUGUCAGAGGUAACAUAUAUGGCCUCGCGAAUGCGCCAGUCACAUGGCAGCGAGAAGUUCAUGCUCGAUUGACCAAGGUUGGCUACGUUGUUCAUUCUUUUGAUCACCAAAUGUACAUCAAGCGGCAAAAUGGACAGCCAGUUUCCAUCCUCAUCGUCUAUGUCGACGACUUCUUUGUAAUUGCCAGGUCUGACUAUGACCUCACGGAGACCCAUAGCUUGUUCCAAUGGGGUGCCCUUCAGACCCUGCAGACAGGAGUCGCUGCCACGUUCAAAGGAAAAGAGCUCACGGUGACCUGCAAGAACGGGACAUAUGGUCUCAAGAUUCAGAUGCAAAAGUUCACAGAAGCAUUGGAUGCCGGUUCACUGCCUCGAGGACGUCUCCAACAGAACCUGUCCAUCUCAGAAGACGAAAGAAAGGAGCUGAGAAGCAUCAAUGGAUGUCUCCAGUGGGCAUCUACACAAGCACGCCCUGAGCUGGCGGCUACCACGUCUUUGACUGGACAUGGAGAUGUCGCAGACGCCACUGACCUCAAGAUCCUUCACGAGGCCGUGACCUACAUGAAAAGCACUAUUACGAAUGGCAUCUUCAUCCCCAAGAUCAGCAUCAACAAGCAUUGUGUUGUCCUGGCCUACUCAGAUAGCUCCUGGGCAAACGCCCGCAAGAGCGGCAGCCAAAUUGGAGUCCUCAUCGGAGUCACUGAGCCUUCAGUGACCUCAAAGCCUGCCCCUUUUGGUUUGAUAGACUGGCGCUCAGCCAGAUCACCUCGAGUGUGCCGUUCAACAUUAGCAGCUGAAGCAUGUGCAGCAGAUGAAGCCGCAGACAGAGCUGACUAUGUCAAUAGAUUCAUCUCUGAGGUCAUGGUGGAUGAAUGCGCCCACCGCUGUGGACCACAGCUCACUGCAUUGCAUGCAGUGGACGCCCGCUCACUGUUUGACGCCAUCAUGAGCGACAACCCCACACUCAAUGACCGUCGCACUUUAGUGAGCGUGAGGGCAAUCCAAGAAACAGUGGACGCCACAAAGAUCCGUUGGGUUCCGACCCAUUACCAAUUUGCCGACGGCCUGACAAAGGUCGAUGCUCGGCUCAGAGACACCUUCCGGCGUUGGUUGCUGAAUCCCAUCGCCAUUCUAGGCCCUUCAGCCAUUGUUCGUUUCUACCUCACGCUUGUGCGCCUUGAAUGGAAAAGCGCGGUCGAGCGCUUUCACUUUGAUUUCUUCUUUGAGGCAGGUGCACGGCUGUGUUAA